AUGUCUACAAGAAGCGGACGCAUAAGACAGAGUCUUAUUGAGUCAAGUCCUCCGCGCACUCGUAAAGGAGUAUCACCGACGCGUUCUCCCGCCAGAAACCGUAAAAGUUCGCCGACUGGUCGUUCGGCUCAAAAAUCACCCUCCCGCAAGUCACCAAGUCGAAAGUCGUCAUCUAAAUUCCCAGCUCGUAAGUCCCCUUCGAGAGUUGUGAAAGAAGUUGUUGAGGAAAAGGAAGCGUCUGUUCCAAAAUCGCCUGCAAAACGACCUGCAAUUAAAAAAGGACCUGAAGUCCGAUUAGAAGAUGUAUCUUCGAAAAUAGAAUCUUUUCGAUCCACCAGAACUAGACGUUAUGAGUACUCUAUCAAAGAUAUGCCAUCAACUAUACAACUUGUAGAACCAUCAACACUUGACGAAAAAGUUAACGGGCUUGAAAAUGUACAUUCAGUAACUGAUAUUUACGGUCUAAGAAAUAGAAGAAAUAUGGACGAUCUUAUUCCACGUAGAUCAUCCAGGUUGAAAGACAUCGUUGAUAGUGUGCCAGAUAUAAGACGAAGCUUCAGUAAAUCGCUAAGUAAAUCAGUGAGCGAGUCGAUUAGUAAGUCUAUCGAUACUUUUUCAGAUGAUGAAAAUCAUGAUGAGCUAUUACAAAGAGAGAAAUCACAGUCUGUGACAAGAAAACUUGCCACUCCUAUGCCAAGCAGUGUUGUUUUAUCUCAAAAUAGUAGUCGCUACGAGUUUGGUGGGAGGAUAGGGUCUGCAGUUUUAUACUUGUUAAUACCAUUAACGGUAUUUUAUAUCGUAAUAUCAUGCUCAAAAUCUUGCUCGCUAACAUCCCUUGGAGAUCUUUCCGCGUAUAAAUCAAUAUCAAAUUGGAUCAAUGCUCAAAUAUUGCUUCUCGUCAUCAGUAAUUUUAUUAUGCAAGCUAUUUUUAUAUUAUUACCAACUUUUGGAACUAAAGAUGUUGAUGAACAGGGAAAGAAAUACUGUUUCAAUGCAUUUUUUUCAUCAUUUUGUACUUUAAAUACACUAUUUGCUCUGGACUAUUAUAAAGUUUUGAACAUUGAUUUACUCUUGAGCUCAUAUCUGAAAAUGGCUAUAACUUCUUAUUUGAUAGCAUUAAUGCUAGUAAUUGUAUUACAUGUAAAAAGUUUGAAAGUUGGCGCCAAUAAUUUAAAUCCAUAUGGUACUUCGGGAAAUGUUUUGUAUGACUUGUUUAUGGGACGACAAAUUCAUUGCAACUUAUUGAAGGUCAAAGUUAAACUAUGGCUAGCAAGAGUCUCAAAUAUAACAACUCUAAUUCUUGCAAUUUUAAUCUUCAAAAAUGGCUUUUCUAUCCAACUGGCGGAUAUCGAUAACUUAGCCCUCAACAAAUUCGAUGAGAUUAUUAGCAAAAUACAACUAAAACCAACUAUUUUGGUGUACAGUAUGAUGCAAAUUGUCUAUUCACUGUACUUUAUAAUCGGAGAGAAAAAAAUUGUGUCAACAUUUUAUUGGCAGUCUGAGGGAUUAGGGUACCUUCAAAUUAUAUCGAGUACUCUUUACCCUUAUUAUUUCACCACAAUAUCGAAAUAUGUAGCAGAUACAGAUUUAAAACUAUCAAGUAAUAUAUUAAUUGCCGCUUCUGUUCUGUACUCGCUGGGGUUAACCAUAAUGCUUAUCAGUAACAAUAUUAAAUAUGAAUUCAGGAAAAAUCCACUACAGCCUAGCUUGACACACAUAGAUUCAAUGCCAACUUUUCUGGGAAAGAAACUUCUGGUGUCCAACUUGUGGGGUAUAUUGCGCCAUCCGAACUACACUGGAGAUAUUAUGAUUCACGUCGCACUAGCUCUGCCAGGUGUCUUCACUCGCAAUAUUGUAGCCGCAGCUCCGGCUCUAAUAACAAUAUUUAUGUUCAUACAUCGCGCAUGGCGGGACCAUAAUAGAUGUCGGCGGCGUUACGGGUCCGCGUGGCAAAGGUAUUGCAAGAGAGUGCCAUCAGUUAUCAUACCAAAAAUAUUAUAAUGUCUCUGGUCUGUUGAGGCUUGAGAAUGCAUGAUUUAUAUAAAAGAUGAAAUGAAUCAGCAAUAUUCACAAAAAUCUCUUAUAUUUUAAGAUAGAUAUUUACUUUUAUAGUAAUAGUUUUCAUUAUAUACUAAUUUGUGUUGAAGAGAUUUUUUUUUAUACUUUACAUUAUGUAUUAAAUUUACUUUUAUUAGUCUUACGAUGUAUUUAUAAAGUAUUGAUAUAUUUCAAACUAAUGAAAUUCUUAAUCAAUUGGAAUAUCUAUUAUGUAUUUUAGCCAUUAUUUUGAAUAGAUUAGACAUUAAAUCUUUGCCAUAAUUAUUACCACCGUACAAAUAUAAAGUUUGAUUAGCUCUCUAUUUUAUUAAUUAAUAAUUAUCAAAUAUGUCUUAAUUUUUCUUAUAAUUCAAUAUGGUAAAAUUAUCAUAAGUUAUUAUA